AUGGAGAUCGGUGGUGGUGAUGGUAGCGGUGGUGUUUGGCAAUUGAAGGUGAUGAUAAAUUUAAUUGGGAAGGGAAUGAUUUUUGGUGGAAAUGUACUUUUAAGGCUUUAUAAAGAGGCUUCCAUUGCAUAUAUUGAGGCUUCCAUUGCAAAUAUUAAACAGAUUUCUACAUGUGAAGGAGACAGAAAAUUGAAGUAUGCCGAUCAUCAUGGUUUUCUCGUAAUUACACUUAUUGACACGCCAAGAGCUUAUGCUGAUCUCAAAUCUAAGGAACUUGGUCAGGGUGAAGCUAUAGCUCAAAACAUAAGGUCUAUGUUUGGACUGAGAGUUCCUGUCAUCUCAAUAGUCACCAGUGAAGGUGGUUUCGGGGGAGCUCUGGCCAUCUGUUGCUGCAAUAAAUUGUUUAUGCUUGAGAAUCCUGCUUUCUAUGUUGCUAGCAUGCGUUGCAAUAUUAUGGAAAUCUGCCCAAGCAACCCAAAGGUAUAUGAAUUUUUCUCUUGCUAG